CUUACGUCGUAAAGCAAUUUGUUUUCGUUAAAACUACCUAUAAUAUAAACAAAAGGAAGUAUUUGCUUUUUCUUAAAAAUUACGACUUGGAUCCAAACUAACAAGUGAGCGGUAUUAGCGAUAUCUAGUAGACAAGUAUUUCAACACGUGUCCUCAUGCGUUAACCCCAAUCUUCCACUGAUUCAAAUCUUCUUCGCCGUUCACCAUCAAGAUCCUCCGCCAUAGCUUUUCCUAGGCAUGGGCGUUCAGGUCUUCGGGUCGGGCUUGGAUCGGUUCUUUUGGGGUCCGGAUCUUUCGGAUCCUAAACAUUUGGAUCCAAUAGGUAUUUGUAAAUUUUCGGUUCGGUUCGGGUUCGGAUCGGUUCUUCUCGGGUCCGAAUCGGUUCGAGUAUAUAAUUAAAAUACCUAUAAAAUACCCGUAAUUGUCAGAUCCAUAUCGGAUCCGGAUCGGAUUCGGGUAUUUAGGAUCUGAAAAUGACAUGAUAUACCUAAACUCCAUGAAAUUUAGUCGAUAAUUGUCAUAUGUAUCUAAUAUUUUAGAAAAUAACUUAAAUUAAACCAUCAAUAAUUAAAAUAUUUUUUUUAAACUCUGAGUUUUUCAUUUUAAAGCUUAAUAUUAUUUAAAAAUAUAACAAAAUAAUAACAAAUAUUGUUAACAAAAAAUAUUUCAACUAAAUCAUAAAAUAAUAUAUAUCUACAUAUAUAUAUAUAAUAGAACACAAAAAAAUCAUAAUUUUGGAUAUAUAUGUUCUUAAGUCGGGUACAAAUCAGUUAUUAUCGGGUCGGAUCUAUUCGGGUCAGUUUUUUUCGGGUCCGGUUUUAUUCAGGUCGGUUCCUUUCGGUUCUGGUUCUUUCGGGUAAAAGAAAUUUAGACACAAAGGUACUUAUAAAUUUUCGAUUCAGCUUCGGGUCGGAUAUUUUUAGGUUAAUUCCGGUUCGAGUUUUUGGAUCCAUGUUAAAAUGCUCAGUCCUGGCUUCUCCCAACACUCCUUAGCCCUUGUAUAUCUCCACUGCAAAUAAGAUCAGCUCAUUAGCAUCAGAGGCGUGCAAACACUAAUAGCUGCCCAAAGCAAUAGAGAAAUAAUUUUUUUAUGAAUCUAGAAGCUACUGUAGUUUAGUUUACCAGAACCAUAGAACACAUCAUUUUUCAUCUAAAAUGAAACAAAACCAUAGAACAAAUCAUUUACGUGGAUGUUAGGAGAAACAAUUGUUUCUAUAUUUUGUUUGGUUUCUUAAAUAACCAUGCAUGUUUUCAUUCUAAUAUAUGUGUUUUGCUUUUUGCUUACCCAUAAAACUAUUAAUGAGGCUAUGUUUAAUAGUUUUUGUUAUAUAAUAUCUAAUUAAGUUCAAUAAAACAUAAGAAAUGCUUUUAAACUUUUUAAAUAUACUUGUUCUUAAGCCAAGUUACAAAAAUAAUUGAUGCCCUAGGCCAAUGUUUAUCUUUUCCUCAUGUGAGCACGGCUCUGAUUACCAUCGAGAGCCACUAUGAUGAGAAGCUUAGAACCGUCGACGCUAUAUCUAGUAGCCUCUCUGCUUCUGACUCUUCUUUCUUCUCCAAUCCACCAGUUGCAAGGAGCACACCCCCAUCUCCGGUGAAAACUUAAACCGAAGAUUUUUUCCAUCCCACUAAGAAUUAUGGACAAUAGUAGAUACAAAAUUACCCUUACCAAACAUGGAAGACUUCAAUGAAAGAAGAUAAUAUAAGGUAUAAUAGUGAAAACUCAGAGAAACCACAUAAAUCUAAUACUCUUUUUUUUUUUUUUUUUUUUUUACAACAAUAAAUCUAAUACUCUAUCAUCAGAAACUUUAUUAAAAUCAGCACAAAUUGGAGAAAGAAGAAAAUACGAGAAGAAAUUGCUCCGAAAUAAGCUGAAGACACAACAAAAUCUCAAUCAUAUUGAGAACUUAUUUAACUAUUUUACAUACAAAAUCAAUCCUAUAAUUAUCAAUUAUCAAAAUAGAAACCAUAUUCUAUAGCCCUCUGAAAGAUAUUGAAUAGAUAAGGGGAAUAAAGAGAUAAUUCUCUCUCACUCUAAAGAGAAGAGAGAUAGACUAUUUUUCUAUCAGUCAGUCAUUGGAUUCUAAAAGAUUGAGCGGUGCGGGACAAGCGGAUUGAGCGGUGCGGGACAAACGGUACAAUUGCGGUGCAAUUCUAACAGUUAUAAAAAUAUAUAGAUAUAUGAUAUAUGUAAAGAUUUUUGUUAUUGUUAACUGCGGUGCGGUGCGAGGCGGAUUAAAACAUUUGAAGCCUUAAACACACGAGUUGGUCAAAAUCUUAUACACAAAUUAAUAUUAAUACACCUCAAGAAUCCUAAGAAAGAAGGAAAAUUAGCACAUAUAACCAUCAUCUAAUCUAUUAAAACUGAAAUACAUUUGAAAUAUCACCCUUACUCAUCUUAAUAUUUACAGUUUUAUGCCACUGAGAUUUAAAUCAUUUAUUGCUUCCUUAAUUAAAGAUAUUUCAUAGUUUAAUUACAACAAAUCAUGACCCUACUUAGCUAUAACACGUUUUUGGUUUGAGUUUCAAUUAAUGCUAGAUUCUAGUUUGCAAAUCUAAACCGCUUAAUAUAUAACUAGAGCUUGACCCGUGCGACCGCACGGGUAUUUAUUUUUAAUUUUAUAAAUAAAAUUUUGUUUUGUAUAAAUUAUAUAAUAUAAAUUUAUUUACAGUUUACACAUAAUAUAUAGUUGUUUAAUGUGACAUUUUAAACAUAAUAAUUCUAUUUAUAACAUUGCGUAAUUAUAUUUUAUUUUUUGAAAGUAAUUUUAUCAUCCAUAUUUUUAUCAUAUAAAUUUAUUGUAUUCAAUUAUUAGUGUACUUUUAUUUAUAUAAAAAUAUGCUACCAAUACUAUAUUAGCAGAAUAAUUUAUAUUUUAUUUAUAUAUUAUAUAAAUGAUUAUUUCAUGUGUUUUUUUUUUCAAUUAUUAAUAAUAAAUAAUGCAAAACAUAACUAUAUAGUUUCAAAAUGAUAUUAUGUUCUAAAUUGAGUGGUUCUGCGCUAAUAACAUACAUCAUAUCAAAUGUACAAAAAAUCAAUUUUGUUUAAAAAUGAACAAAUUUCAUCAAUGAUUUUAUCUAAAUUGAAAUAUUUAUAAAACAUUGAUUAUUGUUAUACUAUAAGUUUCAUUCUACACUUCAAAAUAUUAAACCCACUGAUUAUUAGUUUAAAUAAGAUAUAGUAUGUAGAUCCAAAGAUUCUAUUGUUAUAUUCAUAAGGUAUAUGACUUUUGUGGUUUAAUACUUUCCAAAAUAUUAAACCUACCAAUUUUAUUUUUAUAUUAUAAGUAUAACUAUAAAAAUUUAUAUUUUUAUUUAAUCAAUAUUUUUCAUAUUACUUUUAAUUUAUAUUUCAUAUUUAAAGGUAAUAAUCAUAUUUUGUUAAUACCUGAAUAAAAAUUUAUGUUUUCAAAAUUUUAUAUAAAUAAUCAUCUCUCCUCAGUCUAAACAUACCAUCUAGAAACAAUAUUCCUAAAUUUACCAGCCUAAAUCAACGAAUUUUACAGAUCUACAUUAAUGUUUAAUUAACAUAAGUUAUUGUUGCCGUGUUUAUUUGUUAAAAUUCGAAUCAGGAAAAUGCAUUUAUAAUAGGAAAAAACAACUAUAAUUAAGGUAGUUAAAUUUAAUAUUUCAGUGGCAUUCUAAUGUAAAUAACUUUGAAAAUUAAGAGGCAAUUUAUAUUGGUACUUCUCUUUUAAUAAUAGAGAUACACUGUCUUAUUCUCUAAUCUUGCCUCCUACGUAUAUGUUUACAUAUACUAAACAUAUUAGUUGAAUCACAAUCUAAACUAUAUAAAAAUUAAAUAUUUGGGGUAUAAUUAUAAUAUUAAUCUAUAUUAUUAAAAGUGAAGUACAAAUAUAAAAUUGCCUUAAAAUAAACUUUUAAUUAUAUUCUAAUGCCAUUGAAAAUUACCUCUAGGUCUAUUUCAUAAAUUACAUCUAUUGUGAUUAUUAACAUUGUAUCUUUUAAAUAUAAUACAUUUUAAUCUAAAACAAUUAUAGUGAAAUUAAUAAUAAAUCAGUUUAACUGUAAAGUUAAAUUUCACUUUUAGCAAUAAAAAAAUAUGUUGAGAAAUUUUUUUAUAUAUUUUAAAUAUAUUUUAAUUAAUGCAUUGAUUAAGUUCAUAAUUAGUAAUAUAAUAAUAUUAUUAUAAAUUCAUGUUAAAUAAAUUAUUAUUGGAAAACAUAAUAGAACAAAUAUAUUGAGAAAAAUAUAAAAAUCUUACCAAAACUUUCAUUUUUAAAAUAAACAGUACAUUAUUUUAGUAUAAAAAAAUCAUAUAAUUUUCCAAUCUAAAAAAUAGUUUGCUUAAUUUUCUAAAUUUCUCAUGACCAAAUAUAUAAUUUUGAAAAUAAAUAUUUCCAACUCAAAUGAUAAUAUUCCAAAUUUUACAAAAGAUAAAAUGAUAGAUGUUAAAGUAUAUUUUUAAAUACAACAUGGAAAUAUAAAUUAUCAUAACAAAUAUCUUUUCUAAAGUAUAAGUAAAUAAAAUUUUAAAGUGUAUUGUAUGCAAACUGUAAAUUUUUUUAAAAAAAAUAGUUUGGAAGAGAUUCUCUGAUUAUAUUAUAUUAUGAAUUUAUUAUGCCGAACUCAAAAAUAUAUUAGUAUGUAAUAAGUAAUAACAAUUAAUAACAAAAUAAAAUGAGUAUAACAAAUCAUUAUAUAUAAAUAAUGUCAAAUAAGAAAGAUAACCGAUAAUAUUAUAGAGUUACACAAUAUAUUACACUAGAGUAUAAAUUAUAUAUUAAAACCACUUGCGAUAAUAUCUACGUUCUACAUUUAAAAAAUGAAAAAUUACUCGCACGGACGUGCGGAUCUAGUAAACUAUUAAUUGACAAACUAACUAUAUGAAGGGGUUGGCUAGAAUACACAAUGUAUUUUAUGUAUUAAAUACAAAAUGUCUUUAUGAGAGAACAGUUGAUAUAAAUAUAUACAUAUAUAUAUAUAUAUAUAUAUAUAUGUUAAAAAAUUAUUUUCUUACAUCCAUCGCUGAUUUUUGGAUUCCUGUUAGAUGGCUCAAUAUUAUUGUUUUUCCAAGACAUGCACCGUUCAUAGUUCCUAUGAAUAACUAUAUAUCUUUCAUGUCUCUUAAAUCGAUCUUCAGUAUCUCUUCAUUCGCCUUAUCAUCAGAAGCCGCCAUAAUUUCACCAAGCUUCGAUUCAUUCUCACGAGAAACAGCUAACAUAUCAUUACCAAUCUAGAAUCUGACGACGUGUUGAGUUGUAAAAGAUAAUUAGUGACUGUUAUGUUUCUAUUCUCUAUAUUUCUCAAGAUAUAUGGUCGAAAUGUCGUAUUCAAUUGCAACUAAAGAGCGUACUAUGCUAUAUAUUGUGUUGUGGUAAUAAUAGUAAACUAUAGUAACUGGGUUUGCAAGUGAAUGCUAGUGUGUAUUUUUUUCAAAUAGUAUAUUUCUCCAAGACGCAGUGACAUUUCUAAGUCAUUGGUUCAUAAGGAAUCUUAAACAAUUUGAAAAAGAAUGAUCACUUACCACACUGUAAAGGCUUUCUUUUAGAGGGAAGUAUAUCUUGAAGGAUCACAUUACUAAACUGAAGAUGAACAAUGUUCGUGAUGUAGUAGAGUCUAUUUUAUUUUCCGGCUGUAACAAAUAGAAUAUAAAUCAGACAUCAUAUUAAUAUAAAUGGCACAGUUACGUGUCAUGGUUAUGAAUUGACUAGUAUAAAUUUUCAAAAGACAAAACUCAAAAUUCAAUACAACACAUAAUUUCUCUCAUAUUAUUUAGUUGUUUGAUAUACCAUAGAUUUUUAUCAGUUUUCAAACAUGUUAUAUAACCUUUUUAGAAUAUAUUACAUGUUUUGAAGUACAUUUUAGAGUCUUUUCAAGUUUACGUAUGUUUUGAAACAAUGUAGAAAUUAUAGAGAAUUUUAGAGCUAAAAAAUGAAAAAGUAGUUGUUGUUCAAGAAACCAGCCAGAGUCGAUAUUUAAACAAAGUGUUGAUCAAACUGACCCUUUGGUGUCGCUUGACACUGAUGUGAGAAGACGGGCUUGUUUGUGACUAACUUGAAACCGAAAGAUCCACAUAUUUACAAGAUUACCCUUACCCGACAUUUACUUAGUAUUUAUGUGUUUUACCAUUGUUUUGGAAAACACACUGUUUUACAUUAUUCUGUUACUUUCUUACAUAGCAAACUAUUUAAAGUUUUUAGAUUGGAGAGAAGAUCCAAGACUUAUUCACAGAUUUGUAUUGGAAUUCAUUGUUUUCUACCUUAUUUAUCUUUGCAUUAUAUUCAGACUAUUGCUAUGAUUUUCGUUGCUAUGCCUAAGUAGUUUACUCUGUUAGGUUUAGAGUUUUUAUGGAUUAGCCGAAAACUAUAAAACUGCUAGGGUGAAUCUAUAGAUUUCACUCAUCAAAAUUAUUCUUACUGCUUGUAUUCUAGAGUAGCUAAUUAGAACACCAAUUUUUAGUAUUAUUGAGAACAGCGAAAGUAGGAUCAUAUCAUUAGUUAAUCCUAUUGAACUAGGUUGCUAGAUACAUGCGAUCGCUCGUCUAGGUAACUAGUGAAAUAUCAAUUAGGACGAUAACGCUUGCCUAAGGAAGUAUCCAUCGAUACUUUAGUCAAUAGUAUCGAUCAACACUCGAUCCGUGUGGAUUCAAUUCCUAAGUACUACAACUGAACCUCUUAUUUGAGAAAGAAAAAUUGGUCAUAGGGUAAUUUGAGUGAUAUCAAAUUUGGCGCCGUUGCCGGGAAGCAUUGGAUUUGCCAUUAGACUCGAUUUAUUUGAUUUAGUCUAGGUUAUUUUUCUGUUUUAGUUACUUAAAAAAAUUCUUGUUUUUCAGGCGCAUGCCCAUCAGUACCGGAAGCAACAAGGAGAAAGAGAUUUUAUUCUCAGACCCUCCACGUUUUGAACGUUCAAUCCGAAAAGAGAGACUCGCAACACCGAUUGACAUCAACUCAACUUCGUCGACCGAUACUUGUGAGCGAGCACCGAUCGAUACUUCUCACUCAGACUCGAUCGAUACCAACCCACGAGCUGACAUGGUUGUGAAUCUUGUGCUGAUACAUGAUGAGAUUGGAGACUUACAUGAUCACGAGGGUUAUCCGCGUAAUGCAGCAGGUCAGAGGAUAGAUGAUCAGGGGACUGUAAUCCCUAAUCUUGAAGGAGUUGUACAAUAAGCUACUACUGCUGAGAAUGCUGCAGUCAAUGCUCAGGCUGUAGCUGAGGAGAAUUUCCAGACUGCUCGACCAAAAACUUUUGCUGACUACAACCAUCCAGCUCAAUACUAUGCCAACAGAUCUACAAUAUUCGUCCUCCUACUUUCUAGAGGAACGAUAUCGAUCUGAAACCUGCAUACUUUACAUUAGUGGGACAUACACCUUUCCAUUGUCACCCACAUGAGCAUCCUAUGUACCAUCUGGAGCGGUUCGAGGAUCUAGUUUAUGCUAUCAAAGCCAAUGGAGUCCGUGAGGACUAUCUUCUUUACAAACUCUUACUCAAUUUCUGGAGAUGCUUCAUACUGGCUUAAGCAGUUACCACCAGAAUCUCUUACAUCCUGGACUGACAUCAAAAACACUUUCUUGUGUAAUUUUUUUGAUAAUGCGCAUGCUAAAGAAUUGAGGAGCAGGAUUGCUACAUUCAAGUCAUUUCAGAGAGAUUGUCUACAUCAUGUAUUCAGUGAGGUACAACAGCUAAAUACCUUCUUCAGAGGCAUCGCUUUGGCUUACUAGAUGUCUCUAAACACUACUAGUGAGGGAAUGUUCAACAUUAAGAAUCCAGAAGAGGUUGUGAGAUUUAUUCAGACUUGGCGUCUAGCAAUAUCAUGAAAACACUAUUUUGAGAGAAAGAAAUUGGCCAUUGUCUUUGGAAAUGAGCAGAUGAAUGAAGUUAAGGCCAAGCUGGACAUUAUUCAUCAGCUUAUCGAUAAAUAGGCUAGCUUUACAAAGGAUGUACAAGAUGUAGAUGUCCACAACAACAGAGGUGAUGAGGAGGAUGUGAACUUCAUCAGUGGUACUAGUUUCCGGAAUCACAGGUCUAGGAAUCAAGGUGGAAACAUGAAUUUCUGUGGCAAUGGUCAGAUGAGUAAUAACAACUAGAGUUCACAAUAUCAGAAGCCCUACAUCAACAACUACAAUAACAACAACAACAACUACAAAACUUUUGGGAGUUCUUCUUAUCAGAAUCUAACACCAGCAACUCAAGAGAGCAAGAUAUAAGGGAUGCUGUCUACAUCAAACUGAACAACAAGUUUGAAGCUCUAAGCACACAUGUGAAGAAAUUGGAGACUCAAGUGGUUCAAACAGGAAAAGUUGUUAAGAAGCAGGAAGCGCUGACUAAACGAAAAGGAGACACCACGUGAGUGCCAUCAUAGAUGUUGAUUUCUGGCAAGUGGUGAAGGAAGAAAAUCUUCAAGAAGGAGACUUUCACGUCGAAAGCUCCAUGUCCAUCGGCAGUGUUCAUUGGUGUCGAUCGACACCACCAACUGAGCACCGACUGACACCACUUGCAGAAUCAGUGGAUCGUGCGAAACAUUUCGAAUCGAGUGACACUCAGUCUUCACCAGUCGACACCCGUAUCCGCCUAUGCCAUUCCGUGUCAAGACGAAAGAUAUCGAUCAGCACAAACAAUAAGACACUGAUCGACACCAACAGGCUGGCAACGAUUGAUACCAGCAGCCGAGCAGAGAUCGACAACCGCCUCUUACAUAUUGAGUGUGAUUGCCACGCAUCGAUGUAGCUAAGCUAAAUGCAGGACGACACCCAUCUCAACCUUCAGAAAUAUCAACACAUAGCAACAUUCAACAGCCUGAAGAUGCAGUAGAGCCUAUGAUCAUUGAGAAGGCUACUAAAGGACAAAUUUUGAGGAGAAAGAUGGAGAAGGUUCCCAGACAUCUAAAUAGAUGAACAAACUAGAAGGAGAUUGAAUAGCUUUACAAUAACCCGUAAGAUUUGAAUUAAUCAUCAAUACAAUAAGCCCCCUAAAUUUUUUAAGAACUUUUGAUUUUAACUUCGAUAUAACCAAAUGAAUAUUGUGGGGUAUGGAAUGUAUGAUCAUGAUGCAACAAAUAGAAAUCACAUUUGAGACUACUGCUCAGAGUUGAUUAAACAGAUUGAGUGGCUGGCAUUCACAAAUAUAAGAUCUGAUUCAUUCCAUUCUUGAUUAACUAUAUACCACAGCUGAUCCAGACAUUAUUUAGUAUGGGGCACAUUUUGUAAAAUAUAUGUUAAUUAGGUUGAACAGUUUUCGUAAACCAAAACCACCAUCGUCCGAUUCAUCAUCCGUCAACUUUGGCCCACUAGGUUUCGACCAAUCCUCCUCCUCACCCUCGUCGAAAUAUCCCCCAGAUCGCCAUCUUACUCGGCGUUUCAUUACUACAAAUCCCCAAGCCUCCUCAUGCCGUCGGGACACAAGUGCGUCGUACUGCGGCUGUUCCAGUUUAAUGUCGAAGUCGAAGAUGGGUAGUUCCGACGACAGUUUCUGCCAUCUUCAUCCGACAAACUCUCUAGCAUUCUCCGGCAGAUUCUGUCACGUACUCCGUCAACCCAACCUUUCCCACCCAAGAGAAACAUUUCCUCCGCUGAGAUGUUCGACUGGAACUUUCCUUUCGAUUUCAGCAGAGCAGUUUCUAGUGCAGGCUAUGCGGUCAUUGAAAUUGGAGGGGACAAAUGUGCUUUUGAGAACAAGGUAAAACAUGUUCAAAAAAAAAGAACAAGGUAAAACUUAACAACUUUAGUAGCUGUCGUCAAUUUUUUUUUUUUGAAUUAGCUAGAGGUAUCCUGACCCCACAUAAGUGUCCAGACUAAUCACGUGUUGCCACGUGUCGGUUCUCUGUCCCUGGUGAUGCUGAAAUAUUAAUUUUCCAGUGGUCGGGAUUCGAACCCAGCUGUCGUCAAAUUAUAAUCGCUUGGUUUAAAGAAAUACUAAAGAGAGAGAAAUGGAGUCACUAAAGAACACUAUUUUUCUUUGAAAUGGUAACAAUAACACUCAAUAGAAAUGGAGUCAGACAGUGAAACUCGUUGAAGAGAAACAUUGAUACACAGUUCCACAACUUGUCUAAAAAGGUUUCUGUCUUUUUCCUUUUAAUUAUUCUUGAUCUGUAAAAAUAAAAAAUUAAUAAAUAGAAUCCGAAAAUAUUGCAGAGGAGAAGGAGCAAGAUCAACGAGAAAAUGAAAGCUUUGCAGAAGCUGAUACUCAAUUCCAACAAGUUAAAUUGAAUGUUCCAAUCUUUAUACUUCAGAUCUCUAUCUUGAGAAUGAGAAACAUUGUUUUGUUUUUUAAAUAGUUGUAGACAGAUAAAGUCUCAUUGCUUUGAUGAAGCGAUAGAAUAUCUGACGCUGCUUCAACUUCAAGUGCAGGUUUCUUACUAAAGAUCAUAUAUAAUCAAAGUCCAAUCUGUAAAACAUAUCAUCUGAUUAACUUAUUUACUCCAUUAUGCAGACUUUAGCCGUUAUGAAUGGUCUAGGCCUAAACCCUCAGCGGCAACCACCAGUUCUACCGCCUACGCAGACAAGGAUCAAUGGAACCUUAGAACAAGGCCUCAACUUUGGGACUCUGCUUGGUGCUUCUCACUCGCUGGUUAACCAUGAAGAUGAUUCGAAGUCAAGAUCUCUUCUUAGUACCGUAUACCACAAAGGGCUGGGCACAAGGCGAGUACUCGUUAUCUUGCGUGUACUUACUACUUGAUCAAAAAUGAAUUACUUGCAAGUUACUUAUCCUGCCAUAUUACUUAACGAGCAUUUUAAACUAUUUACGAGUACUUGUGAGUUGUGACCUAUUUACGAGUUUUUUGAGUAUUUAAGAACUAGUACUAAAUAAUGUUCUAUUAAAAAUUGAUAAUAAUUUUUUUUUGUUUAUUUUUUACUUAAAAUAACAUGUGAAUUACUUUAAACAAAAUAUUUUCUCAUAUUAUAAAGAAGAGAAAUAAAAUAUAUAUAAAUAUUUCGAUAUAUAAGCAUUUUGUAAUUUUCACAAUGACAAAAAUGUCUUAUCUAAUCAAGUAAUAAGUAAUAACAAGCCAUAUAGCUAAAUUUUUAAAACUUAACUAGAUGACGACGAAUAUUUAAAAAUCAAGAUGGAUAUAAAACAAGUAACAAGUAUAAGAAGAGUAAUGAGUAUUUUUGUCCAAUCCUAAAUGCAAGUAAAAGAAAAAUAUAUAUAAACAAGUAUUUAAUAGAUCAUGUAACAAAUAUUAAGUAAUGGAGCAAGUAACGGGGCAAGUAACGAGUCAAGUAUUAAAAAUAAUAAUGAUACUUGAUACUUGACUUGAUCUUGCAAAUAAUGAAAAUUGUCGACUUGUUACGAAUACUUAAAUUUUCGAGGCGGGUACGAGUCAAGUAGCGAAUCUAUGGCAAAUAACGAGUGAUGAUGGCCAGCCACAGGAGCCAAAAAAAAAAAUUUAGUCUAGUAUUGCUAUAUUUCAAAGUUCAGUUAUUGUUAUGCUAAGAAGCUUUAGGACCAAGCAAAACUUUGGGAUGUCAAAAGAUGAUAUAAGUUUAAUUACAUGAAAUGAGAUAAUUAUUGCAACUGUCACAUGGCUAUGUCUGUGAGUUGCACCCACCCGUAAGCACACCGGUCUCGGAUACUUCGAGCUAUGGAUGCUGCUGCCUCAAACGCAUGUCUAAUCUUCGUUAUUGCUUUCUCUACUUGAAUUCUGACGCAAACUUCUAUCUGCGUUUUUUUUAAAUGCCAGAGAAGUUAUUAAUUGAUUGUGGUAACACAAAGGAAAAUUGUCAAGUAAAAACCUUUUCAAGAGAGCAUUGUGUGUCUAAGAUGUGGCAAAAGUAUGACAGCUGCUUGUACAGGUCUGCUUCAGUGUACUGUAAAUAAGACAAAGCUUGGAAUCAAAAGUUGUUUUAUGAAGCAACAGAAAGAUAGAGUUCUUAUCAGGUGGAUGAGGGCAUAUACUUUUCUCAAAAGGGUUCCAUUACAGUUUGGAUAGCUUGGGAAAACUGUUCCCCAUUCACUGUCAACAAGCAGACCAAAGUUGAGGCUGCGAGUGGUGUGCUUGCCAGACUCAUCGUCACACUGUUGAACACAAAAUGUACAAGGAAAGCUUUCAUUAUCCUGACUUAGUAACCACAGGUGUUCAGAAUUAUGGUUAUAUAAGCGAGGCAAGAGCCAAGAGAGAAGGUUUUAUAUGCACCAUCAUUAUGCCUUUGUAGUACAUUGGCACAAACCCAUCAAUCUGCCUUUCACCUGAAACGCAUGAUAAAAUGGUUUUUCUUACUUAGAAAUUAAACCCUUGCCUACCUGGUUAUUUAUCAUUGCAGGGGAUAUUCUUCCUGUGCUACCUUCUAACUCGCAUUUCGAGCAGUGCAGUUUAAAGCCAGAAUGUAGAAGAAUCAGAUUCCUCUGUUUCAGAAUUAGUAUUGAUCGACGCACAAACUGAACUAGUAAUAGAUGGACAGUUGAAAGAAGCAUAGCAGCUGGGGCAUCUUAGUGCUAACGGCUCACAGCUUUUAUUUUUUUUGGAGAUUAACAACACCUUUUGUAGUCAUGCCAAGGUAACACCAUUGACUAGGCCUGGGCGUUCGGUGGACCGUUCGGUUUCGGUCCAGAUAAUUCGGAUUUUCGGAUUUUCGGUGUUAUGUUCAGAAGUACCAUUCGGGUUUUACUAAUUAUCGGAUCGGUUUCGGUUCGGUUCCUUUCGGGUUCAGUUCGGAUCGGAUGUAACCAAUGUUUAAAAUCGUCCAAAAAUAUUUUUUUUUAAACCUUAAAAAUUGACAAAUUUUUUUUCAAAAUAUAUAAAUUGUUUACAAAUUAAAAAUUAGUGAAACUAUCUAAAUUAACUAAAAAGUAUUCAAAAUAACAAUUAAAACAAACUAAAAAAAUAUUUUGAAUAUCCUAAAAUAUCUAAAUCAUCUUAAAUAUAUAAAAACUUUAACAUAUUUAACUAAUUUCGGAUAUCUUCGGAUCCUAGUUCAGAUGUCGGUUCGGUUCGGAUUAUAACCAAACACCAAAGUACUAAGCUCAUAAGUCCCGUUCAGAUAUUUUUGUAUAACAGUUCGUAUUCGGUUUCGGUUUUUCCGGUUCGGGUCUAAAUAGAUACUUCGGGUUGAGUUAAAAACGCCCAGGCGUACCAUUGACAAUGAAACUCUGCACGAAAAUUGAAAAUGGGCUGGGCUAUUUAUGACCCAAUAAACAGCCAACCGGGCUCAUCUUAUAUAGACCACGUGGUAGUUUUAUUUUUAGGUGAGACUGAAACAUUUAAAUACACACACAUUCCUCACUGGUUGUUUACUCAAAAACAAAAAAAAAAUGGCAGAUGUAGUAGUGAUCUCAGAGACCAUUGUUCAACCAGAGAGCAACGAGGAUGGAUCUGAUCGGGUUAAGAUCCAUCUCACUCCAUUUGAUCUCUUCUUGCUUAAAACCGAGUACGUACAAAGAGGUCUUAUCUUUCCGCAACCAGACCCGGAAACCAACAUAAUCUCUCACCUGAAGUCCUCUCUGUCCGUGGCUUUGAAGAUAUUCUACCCCUUAGCUGGACGUCUAGUCAAGAAGGACUACGAAGAUGACGAAACGGCGUCGUUUUACAUAGACUGCGAUGGUUCAGGGGUCAGAUUCAUACAUGCUUCGGCAGCAACUGUAUCGGUGAAUGAUGUUUUAGAUCCGGCCAAGGCUGCUGUCCCUGAUUUCUGGAAUGCGUUUUUCCCGGCUAACGGAGUUAAAAGCUGGGAAGGGGUCUCGCAGUCGUUGAUUGCGUUCCAAGUAACGGAGCUACGAGACGGAGUUUUCAUCGGAUAUUGUAAUAACCAUGUGGUUGUAGACGGAACAUCAAUGUAUAGUUUCUUGAGAACAUUGACGGAGAUUUGCACUACCGCCCGGAAAACGUUUCCUCCUUUGCGUCUAUGUGGGUGGUUUCUUGACGGGGUUGACUACCCAAUUCGAGUUCCGGUCUCGGAGAUUGUAUCCUCCUCCUCACCUGGUGAAGAAGUUGUUUCUCCCGAUUUGCAGAAGAGCAUCUUUCGGCUCACGAGUAGAAACAUCUCUGAGCUCAAAGAGAAAGUCAAGGAUGAGGUUGUUGGUUCUCAUGAUGAGGAUCUGAAAAUCUCUUCGCUUCAAGCCGUUGUGGCGCAUAUGUGGCGAUCAAUAAUCAGAAACAGUGGUCUCAAUCCUGAAGAGGUGAUUCAUUGCAAGUUAGGAAUGGAUAUCAGACAGAGGCUAAACCCUCCGCUCGAGAAAGAGUGUUUUGGAAACAUGGUCGGAAUGGCGCUGACCACCACAACCGCCGGAGAAAUGCUUGACAACGGACUGGGUUGGGCUGCUUUGCAGCUAAACAAAACUGUGAGGUCGCAAACGAGUGAAGUAAUCAAACGUUUUGCUGAGAAUUGGGCGAAGAACCCGAAAAUACCGAAUCAUUUGGUGGAGAAUAAUUCGCUUGUUGUUGGUAGCUCUCCACGGUUCAAUGUGUUUGGAAGCGAUUUUGGUUGGGGUAAACCGAUUGCGAUUCGAGGUGGACCGGGAAUUUCUGGUCAUGGUAAAAUCCUUGUUUACCCGGGAACUGAACUAGGAAGCAUGGAGAUUCAUACGUUUUUAUGGUCUCACGUUUUGGAGAAAUUAUUGGCCGAUGCAGAGUUCUUACAGCAUGUCGUUCGUCUGUUUUAAUCCAAAUCAACUCUAAAUGUACACUUCUGCGGAUCCCUCACUCUCCUCCAAUUGUCAUCCAGCGGAUCACUCGGGACAUCAAGAUUUUAUCUUCAUCCUUCUCUGUUAUUUCCUUUGUUUUAUUUUUCUGCACUCUAAAUUUUAUGGCUGAUUCGUUGGCCAAGGCAGUAUUGUAUUCAAGCCAGUUUUGGCUUUGGGUUUGCGUCUUUAUAAUAUGUGGUAUUCAAAAAAUAUGUACACUUCUGCAGUCUGUGUGUAAAAGAAAUAAGAAAAUAUCGUUUUCUGUGUGAUAAUUAUCUUUUGUCUGGAAAGCAUAUAUCAAAACCCUAGACAAUGAUUUUGUUAGUAGUAGUUCGUACACUAACCCCCUCCAAGGGAUUUUGUUCUAACCUGUAUCUCAAGUUUUUUUUUAAAGUUGAUGAUAUUAUUAAUAGAAAAAAACUAUAUAUGAAAAAUAAUCUAUACAAUGAACCUCUGCGACAUCAUCAUCAACAUAUCAAUUCGAAAGUACUGCUAUCUAGAGACUUAACAGGAGAAAUUUUAAUGGUAGUGAGUACACUAACCCAUCAUAACCAGUAACAAAUCAAUUCGAAUCCUACCUACCAUUUUAAAUAUAUUUGGUGAAAGCAACACAAAAAACAGUGUAUUUGUGCGAAAAUAAAGAUUUGAUUAGGAUCCUUAGUGGUAGUUAGUACACUCAUCCCAUGCAAGUGCUUUUGUUUUAACUUGUAUCUCAUGAUAAUAUUAUUAGUGAAAAUCUAUACUAUUAAUUUAGGUCCUAUUUUUAUAUACUAUUAACAAAUCAUAGUAAUAGUAAGACCAUUUAAGGAAUUAGUUAAUAUAACAUAUUUAAUUAUUUACAUUAUAAUAAACCAACAAUAAAUUUGAUUUUUUGUAAUUAUAACAAAAUCUCCUGAGAAAGAAUCUAACAAAAUCUUAUUUAAAAAUUAAAAUAUUUUAUAAAAUAACACAUUAACUAAUUUUGUAAUUAUUAAUAUAAUAUUAUUUAUAAAUCAAUGUUUACUAACAUCUAAUCUAUUAAUUUAUGGUCUUAUUUUUAUCUACUAUUAACAAAUCAUAGUAGAACCGAGAAUUAGUUAAUAUGAUAUAUUUGAUUAUUUACAUUUUAAUAACUAUAAAUUUAAUUUUUUAAUUAAACAAAAUCUAUUGAUUAAUUUCGUAACUAGUAAUAUAAUAUUAUUAUAAAUCAAUGUUAACUAGCAUUUUAUUAUAAAACAAGAAAAUAAAAAAUUCUUUACUAUUUUAUAAAUUCAAUAAUUAUAUUCUCUAUAUAAAAUAAAAGUGCUAUAUGAAUUAAAUAUGAAAGUUAUAUUAAAUAGGUAAAUUAGAAAAUUUUAUUUUUUAAAAUUGUUUCAUUUAAAUAAAUUAACACUCAUCAUUAAAAUGGGUUAAAAUUUGUAAACUAUAUAAUAUUUUAUAGAAAAAUAAAUUUAUUACCAUGGGUUAAACUUUUAUAUCUGUAACUAUAUAUGUUAUCUUUUUUUGUAUUUCGAAACUCUCAACAAUAUAUUAUUAAAAAUGUUAAUAUACAAAAUAUAAUAGUAUAUAAUAACCUUUAGUUCAUAUACUAUUUAAAAACAUGUUACUAGAAAACUUUGAAAUUUUAGUAAUUCAUUUAAAAUAUUAAUGAAAAAUAAAAUUUACUAAAAUAAUAUGAUAUAUGCUACUAUGUAUACAAAUUUACUAAAAUAAUAGGACUAUAUUAUUUGAACAAAACAAUGUUUUUACUUAUAAAUUCUAUAAAAUACUAAACUGAUAAAUGUUAAAAGUAUAAUAUAAAUAAAUUUAAAAUGUACUAUAUGCAAAAUGUAUAAAUUAAAUAAAAAAAUAUUUUGAAGGAGAUUCUCUAUUUGAUUAUUUCAGAUUGUUAUUUAUUGUACCUAACUUGAAAAUAUAUUAGUAAGUAAAAAACUUGAUAACAAAGUAAAAUGUAUUAAACAAAUCACUAUAUAUUAAUAAUAGUUAAUAAAAAGGGAAAAUUUUACUUUUACACUUUGGUUGAUACCACUUUUCAACUUUACCACUAGUAUAGGGACAUUUUCAUAAAUACCAUGUUCAUUAAUGGGCAAAAGACAAUAGUAUCAUUCUCUUAUCUUCUCUCAAUCAUCGUUUUCUUCCUCUCUCUCUUUUGGCGAUCGACUUUCUCGGAGUCACCAGAGAUCUGCCGUAUCUCUCUCACACGACCGGUUCUCUGCGAUUCCAAACCUCCACAAUGUCGACUCCUACUUCUGUACAAGAGAUAACCUUGCUUCACAAUCAGCACGCUUAGCUGUUGCCGUCUUCAUAGAGCUUCGUCGUCAUAUUCUUGGAGAUUCAGCUUCGCUGUUUUCAUGGAGAAUCAGCUUCGCCGUUUUCAUGGAGAUUCAGCUUCGCCGUUUUCACGGAGCUUAGCCGCCGUUGUAUGACAGAGAGGAAAGCCUCCUGAUUUGAGAUCCUCGCCGCUGAUUGAAUAGUUCGCUGGUUGUCGUUGCAUCCUCUCCUGAAUCGUAACUUGUGAUGAUGGAUGUGGUACUGCGUUUUCAGGGUUUAAGGUGGAUUUUAAACUAAGGGAAGCUGGAGGAAUGGAGAUUGUGCCUCCAAUCAUAACGAUCAGCGUCACUUCGGGAGCCUAUUAAUGAGGCAAAUCAAAUAAAACUUUCAGAUCUUAUAGCGACAAAAGGCUUUUGACUUAAUUUUUUUUUCCUAUCAUGAAUCAUUAUAGUUCUGUUGGGACUGAGAAAAGUUGGGCAUGAUCUUACUUUCAUGUGCUGGUUGGAUUUCAGAUAGUUACUUAAAGAAAUGAUUUUUUCUUAGGGAAAGCUUUAAACUUAGUUCUGUGGUGUAAUAGUACUGUUAGGCCAUAGUAUUGUUUCGCAAAGCAAUAAUGUUCUUUGGUGUUACCCAGAUACUGUUAUGUUCUCUUUGGUUGUCCAAAGGCAUUUACUCAUCUUUCUGUUAUGUUACUUUUCAUUGGUUGUUCUAUUCCGGUCUGGUUACCCAGACCACCUCAAGCUUGAGUAAUAGAAUAGCCGUUCGACGUCAAAAAAAAAAACACUUAUAAAACUAAAAUUAGUUAAUAAAAAUAAUAUAUUAUCUUAAAACCCCAAAAAUCACCUUAUAAACCAUAAAUCAGUUUAUAAAUAAUAAAUCAGUUUAUAAGACCUUAUAAAUCAAUUUAUAAAAUUUUAUAAGUAUAUAUAAACUAAUAUGUCUUUUGUAAGAAUUUAGAAGGUUUUGUGUAUCAUUUAUAAACUCCAAUAAACAAAUGUACCCAUUAAUAAAAGUUUAUAAUUAUUUAAGUGUUUGUGAAUUGGUUA